AAAAUACUUGAGAGAAAUAUGUCAGUGAUGUACAGCCCAGAGAUCGAUAAGAAUUUGUACGCCAUCUCUAUACUUGUACGACAUUACAGAGAAACCUUCUUAAUCACUUGCACCAUCUGUCUAAAAUUUAGACCAGCACAUCACAGCGUGAGUACCGCAAAAUGAAAAAUAUUUCACUUUGGAUCAUGUUGCCUAGACUUCCUGUGUCCCCUAAGAGCUGAUGAUGCCUUCAAAUACAUGUAUGACUCGAAUACAUGGAAUACGUGAGCCAGGAAAUAAGAAACAUCAGCUUGUCCACGCCUUUAAACUGAAGAUGAUUUCCUUGGUCAAGGUGGAGGCAGUUUUUAUCACCAUUCUGUUGUGCUUUCUUUGUUCUCAACUUCCAUCUUCGGCUGCAGAAGAUAGCUACUACGCUGAUAGAGCAGAUAUAGCAAUCGUCGUGGAUGACAGUGGAGGUUUAUUUCAAGAAGAAUACCUGCUACAAAAAGAUAUUAUUAUGAAAAUUGGUUUAUUAUUGAGAGUCUUUCAAACUCACCUCCUGCACCUGUGA